AUGACGCCGUUCACGUUUCCCACCGAGGAAGUGACAUUCGAAGAUUUGUAUCUUCGUAGCUUGGAAUAUGCCAAGGCAGUGGAUCCUCUUCCAUUCGUGUCAGAAGCUCCCCAAAACUUUGUAAAACCCACCGUUGCUAUAUUUGCGUGUUGUGAUUUUCGUUUUAGUCCUGAGGAAUACUUUCAAUUGCGGAAAGGAGAAGCUUUUGUGAUACGAACAGUUGGAGGCAAUGUGCGACCGCAUCUUAACGAUUUGCUCUACCUGGAGGCUCUUCUUAACAACGAGCUACGGGAUAUUAUUGUUAUUCACCACGAAGACUGUGGGACAACCCGAAUAUCAGAGGAGAUAAUCAAAAACAAUAUCAAGGCCCAAACCUCAAAUCUUGACAGCGAAAUUGACAAGAUCAAAUUUUACAUGCAUGACGGACAGAAGUGA